AUGUAUUUAUCAACUUCAACAUCUAACAUAAUCUACUUUGUUAGGCGCUCAUCAGCAAACCCUGGUACAAGGUAUAUCAGUCGCGGCCUUGAUGAUCACGGAAAUCCCGGAAAUGAAGUUGAAUGUGAUUUAUGUUUUAUAAGAGAGAAUGCUUUUUACGUCAAUACAUGGUAUCGAGGUUCAGUUCCAAUCAAAUGGAGUACUAAGCAAGGCUUUCUUGGAGCUUCCCAUCGUGUUGAAGAAAUUUGUCAUCCACAGACUCACAAAUACUUCUCAAAGAUCAGCGCAAACAAUGGUUCAGUACCUGUAGUUAUUAUUUCGCUUCUUGACCAGAAUGAAGACGAAUUACAGAAAUCAUAUGAAUUAUCUAUCCAAGGAAUUGAUCAUCCUCAAAUACAAUUCUAUAAAUAUGAUGUUAAUAAGAUGAUGAAAAGAUUCCAAGACAAAGAACUCGUUGAAGACAUAUCCCGAUUUCUGCAUCAAAUUGAUUCUGACACUGGAUUUAGAACCUUCAAAACACAGCAACGGACAAUUUUAAGAUUUAAUUGUGUUGAUUCCUUAGAUAGAACAAACAUUGCUACAUUUGCUCAUGCUAGGAAUCUUGCAAUAAUGAUGGGAGCAAGUGAUGAUGAAAUGGCUUUUAUUGCAAGAUCAUUUAUAUAUGCAGGAGAUUCUAUUUCUAUUAUGUAUUCAGGGACAGAUGCGAUUAAGAAAAGUUCAAUUCGUUCUUUUACUAAUGAUAACUAUGGUGUUUCAUUUGAUACACCAACAUCUAUAUUACGAUAUUUUGUUAACUUCUUUGGUUCUCCACAAUCAAUCAUUGAAGAAUGGACUGCAAAGAAUAUCCAACAAAAGUUUAUUUCAACAAUCAUUGAUCCUUUACAUCUUUCAAUUGUUCCGUCAAUUGAUGAUUGUUUAAACUCCAAGAAAACGCUUUCAUCAGCACUUUUGGGAGAGAUGUUGGAUGUAGAAACAAAUUCACUUGAAGAAACAUCAAAUUCUCUUAUUAUUUCAUUACCAAGUCCAAUGCAAUUUACUGCAAUUCUGAUGCUUUUAACUCCUGCUGUAGAUGAUUAUUUGCCUCCAUCACAAAUUUCCAUUAAAACUGGAAAUAAUUUAGAUGAAAUGUAUCUUUGGAUGAAUGCCAUUUCUUUGCCAAGAGUUAAUAGUCCAACAUGGAUUAAGUUUGAUUUAAUGGAAUGCGAUUUAUGGAAUGCUUCAAUUCCUUAUGAAAGAUGUGCAGCUGAUUUUUGCAGGUUCAUAAGAAUUGACUUCGAAGUUUCCGAAAAAUUUUGUCUCGGAAAUAUUAAAAUUGUUUGCAUGGAUGAUGACGAAUACAGCGUUACUCAUACAUGCGAUAACUUCCAUAAAACACAUCCAAGAGUUAUGAAAAGCUAUUCAAAUAAACUGGAUGAAAUUCAAUCAGGAACAAUACAAUCCAGUAUAGAUAUUGUUGAUAUAUUAGAUCUAGAAAUACAAAGAUUAUCAACAAAAAUACCAUUGCAUGAAAGGAAUUUACUAUUAAUUAAAAAAGGAUUAAAUCCUGCUUGCUAUGAGCCAUUAAGUAUGUUUUCAUCAAAUGAUAGUUCGUGCAGUCUUUGCAAAGAUUGUAAAUCGAUGGAGAGUGGAGGAAUUGUUUAUUCAAGCCGAACUUAUCCAUCUCUUAUUAAUUUAGACCAUGAAGAAAACAAUGACGAAGGAGUAAGACCUUAUGUAGUUUGCAAUGGCUGUCUGAAGAAAAUCUUUCAAAAAAGAAAUGAAUUAAUGAACCUUUAUACAAAUAUUUAUAAUUCAUUCAAUCCUCACAAAAUCAUUGAAGAAAAACCACUUAAAUGGUAUGAAAAACCAAUGAAUGAAUCAUUAAUUGAGCUUUCCAAAAAGCCAUCUUUUAUUAUUCAAAGCCCACCAGGCAAUCCAAAUGCAGAUGGUCUUCUUUAUGGAUAUAAUGAUUUCUUGUGGACUUCUAAGAAUGAAAGUUCAAGUUUUUCUUUUAAUAUUUCUUUGAGAGGAUAUUCACAUGUUAAAAGAGUUUCUUUUGUUUUCUCUGGUGAAAAUCUUCCAAAAUCAGUUCUGAUUUCUCGAAAUGAAUAUCCAAUAUCAAAUGAAAUGGAAGAAAUUAAUUUAGAAGUUCAUUGUGAAUUCUUAAUUAUGACAUUUUUAAUGCAAAGUGAAUGUCAAUUAUCAUUAAGAAGCAUUUCUGCUUAUGGUUGUUAUGAUAAUCUGCCAAUAAUGAAAGCUCAAUGCUUUAAAUUUCAACCUCUCGCAUUUAAUGCGUCUAGGAAACAUGAAAUAUUUGAUUUUAAUAGCAGAGCUGUCAAGUUCCCUCUUUCACAGCCAGGAAGACUGAGAUUGGUUACAUUUGAUUUUUCGCAGUGCAUUGAUACUGGAUACAUCAUGAAAUCGGCAUUCAUCGUUACUACUCUCAACGGAAAAUUUGUUGAAGGUCUUCAUAUUAUCCUUCCUCAAGUUUUAUCAGAUUCUGCAUUGGGAUAUCCAUUUCACUCGGCUCAAGAAUGUGAUUGCGUUACAGUCUUCUUCCUUGACAGAUGCUUGAAAAUCAAUAUUCCGAGCAUUAUGCUCAAUAUCGGACCACCUUCUGGUGCUUAG